CCUUCAGAAUCUGGCACACGAGAGACCAAAAGAAAUUGUGCGUUUUGUCCUGCAGACAUCGUUUCAAUAUGAUUCUUUUAAUAUCCCUACUGCUACAAACUGCCCCACUCACAGAUGGCAGAGGUGUGUCCUUCUCAGUCCCAGACCCCUGCUCGGCCUACAUCAGCCUGAACGAGCCGUGGCGCAACACCGACUACCACGUCAACAACUCGCGCGGGGUGCCCCUGUGCGACCGCCAUGUGUCCGGCGAGUGGUACCGCUUCACGGGCAUGGCGGGGGACGCGAUGCCCACCUUCUGCGUGGAGGAGAACCACUGUGGCACCCACGCGCCCAUCUGGCUCAACGGCAGCCACCCAGUCCCGCAGCAGGGCGUGGUCACCAUGCCCGCCUGUGCCAGCUUCAACGGCAACUGCUGCCACUGGACAGCCAACGUGGACGUCAAAGCCUGCCCGGGGGGGUACUACGUCUACCGGCUGCCCAGACCUACUGUCUGCUUCCAUGUCUACUGUGGACAUUUCUAUGACAUCUGUGAUGAGGUGGAGUGUGUGGGGAGACACUGUAGUAGAGAGCCAGAGUGUCACUGUGGCAACGGAACCGUCCUUGGACUAGACGGGCAGACCUGCAUGGAUAUAAACGAGUGUGAGAAAGGGAAUGGUGGCUGUUCGGAUGUGUGUGUGAACACUAAGGGCUCCCGCCGAUGCGAGUGCCACCCAGGAAGAGUGCUGGAUGCAGACGGGCGAACCUGCAAAGAGAUUGAGGGGUGCCACAGUGGUAACGGGGGCUGCAGUCAUGGCUGCUCCGGGCCCCUAGACUCCUACUACUGCCACUGCCCACGGGGACUGGUGCUCUCCCAGGACAAACGCACAUGCCAGGUCCCUGUGCAGUGUGGCUCCAGCAUCAUCGAGGUGAACAUCCCUAAGGAGCUGGUGGGGGGUCUGGAGUUGUUCCUGGCCAACGACUCCUGUAAGGGAGUCUCCAACGGCACACACGUCAACAUCAACUUCAGCCUGCGCAGCUGUGGCACCAUGGUGGAGGUGAUUGAUGAUAAGAUCGUGGGCACCAACCUGGUGACGGGGUUGCCGGCAUCGGGCCCUGGCUCGGUUGGCAUUGCCGGGGGCAACAGCGGCGAGCUCAUCAUCCGCACCAGCAAACUCCUGCUGCCAAUCACCUGCGAGUUCCCACGCCACUACGAGGUGUCUGACGGCUACCUGCCCAGCUUGGCCAGCUCGGCUCUGGAGCUGGCGGGCCACAGCGAGGGCCAGUUCCCCUUCCGGCUGGAGCUCUUCAAGACGGCCGAGUUCUCCGAGCCGUACCGCGUCCCGCCCCAGCUGCACCUGCGCGACUGGCUCUACUUUGGGGUGGAGCCCAAGGGGGAGAGGGUGGAUGGCCUGGCCGCGCUGGUGGAGAGCUGCUUCGCCACGCCAGGACCCAAAGCAGACCAGGCCAUCAAGUACUAUCUGAUCAAGGAUGGCUGCAUCUCGGAUGAGACUGUGCACCAGUAUAGCACCAAGGACCAGCUCUCUAAGCACUACCAUGUCCCCGUCUUCAAGUUCGUGGGCAAGGACAACGGGGAGGUGUUCCUGCACUGCCGAGUGCUGGUGUGUGGCCGAGGAGAGGGAGAGGGGGAGGGGGAGUCGCGCUGCAUGCAGGGUUGCCGGCGGAGACUGCAGAGGGACCUGUGGACCAAUCAACAUCAAGAUCAGACUGUGCUCAUCGGAGGACCCAUCCACAUACUGCCCUAACUGUAUCAUUGUAUCACUG